AUGGCCACUCUGCUGGGAGCAGCAGACCCAGACCUUCCAAGCCACACUCUGACAGUUCCUCCUGUGGAUGAACAUGCACACUUCUCCAUCACAGGCACCUGCAUGGGGGAGAUGAAAGCCCAAGAGACCCUGCCAGUGCCCCUCUCCUACAGGCUCCUGGAUGGUCAGGACACCCUCCCACCUGUCGUUUUCCUGCAUGGGCUGUUUAGCAACAAAAACAUCUUCCAGGCUGAGGCUGAGGCCCUGGCACAGCAGACAGGCAGGAAGGUAUUGACAGUGGAUGCUAGGAACCAUGGAGAGAGCCCUCAUAGCCCUGACUGCAGCUAUGAGGCCACGAGCGCCGACCUGCAGGCUCUGCUGUCGAAGCUAGGACUCAGCCCCUGUGUCCUCAUCGGGCACAGCAUGGGAGGCAAGACAGCCAUGGCGCUGGCAUUGCAGAAGGUAUUGACAGUGGAUGCUAGGAACCAUGGAGAGAGCCCUCAUAGCCCUGACUGCAGCUAUGAGGCCAUGAGCGCCGACCUGCAGGCUCUGCUGUCGAAGCUAGGACUCAGCCCCUGUGUCCUCAUCGGGCACAGCAUGGGAGGCAAGACAGCCAUGGCGCUGGCACUGCAGAAGCCAGAGCUGGUGGAACGUCUGGUCUCAGUGGAUGUCAGCCCCUUGGUGGCCACCGACAUCCCAAAGAUCUUUAAAAUUAUACCUGCUAUGAAGGCUAUAAACAUCCUUGGAGAUGUUUCCAACUCUGAAGCUUUUGAAGUAGUUGAUGAGUAUCUGAAGCUAUUUGUCAAGGAUUCAAGCAUUCGGCAGUAUCUGUUCAACAGUCUGGUGCAGGUCAACGGGCAGUAUGAGUGGAAAGUCAAUGCUGAAAACCUGUGGCAGCAACAAAACUUGUUUCUGGAUAGUCUUCAUAUCCAGGGCGUCUAUCGUGGCCCCACACUCUUCCUCAGAAGCGCCAAUUCAUCCUUCAUCCCGUCAAGUCACUACUCCAAGAUCAAGUUACUGUUCCCUGAAGCCCAGUUCCAGACCAUCCCUGAUGCUGGUCACAUCCUCCAUAUCCAGAAGCCCCAAGAGUUCAUGAACAGUAUCCUCAGUUUCCUGUCCUAGAAGAUGUUCCCUCUCCCCACAUUCCACUUUCGAACUUUCAAACACUCAGAGAACCCUAGGCUCUUCCUUCAGUUGGAAUCUUUUUUUUAAAAAAAAACCAUCUUUUUCUAAUUCAUAACUGAACUAACACCAAUCAAUAUGAACAUUCCCAUAGGAAAAGAAUAAGAGAGAAAGAGAAUUGUAGACAUUGUGAAUCUCUGUUAUGAACAGCUUGGGGUUUUUUAAUCACACGAUAAAUUCAGCAUGUUAAUUUCCAAGUUGUCUUCUUGUCUUCAGCUCCCACCAAACUUACUUCUGUUCUUUGCUCUGCAAUUUUUACAUGUUUCAAUGACCCACUUUCUUUUCUUUUUUUAGAAAAAUAAAUACUCUUCUUGUGACCUUGAUAGAUAGCAACAGAAAUAAACAUUUCCAUAUACAAAGACAGAAAAAAGAGGAUUCUAUAUGGAACCAUGAAUCUACCAUGUACAGUUUGUUUUCUCAGGUUUUUUUCUUUUAAGUUGCAUCAGUUUUAUUUGAGGCCCUUCACCAUCCUGGGGGCUCUGGAUACUCUCUGGCUUAUCAAUGUCUUUUCUGGAAUAUGGUGCCCUGAACUGAACACUUUUCAACAUUAGCAGAAUGGAACUGUCAGGGCUGUGACUUCCCACAUUAAUAAUUAAAUAUUAUUAAUAAUUAUUAUAUUUAUAAUAAGUUAACAAUAAAAACAACAUCAACAAUAGCCAUAAUAAGGCUGCUAGGGAGUGGAAUAGAUAGAGCAAUGAGCCUAGAAAAAUCUGGCCUCUAGCUAUGUAACUUUGGGUAAGUCACUUAGCCUCCAUUUCCCCAGCUGUAAAAUGGGACUCAUAAUAACCCCUACCUCCUAGGGCCAUUGUGAAGAUCAAAUUGUGGAAAAUGUGGUUGAGGAUGUUGCUUUUGCAUAUCAUUCAAUCAGGGGUUGAAUGCCUACACAACAGCAUUAGAGUCAGUUUGGACUGGGAGGGAGUGUGGGAAAUGACUGUUUUUUUUUCUACAAGGUUAUAGUCUAGGGACUGGAUGGAAGUUGAACGAAGGAAAGACAUAAAGUAGAGUUGGUGGGUGAAUGGACUUACCAGCGAAAACUGAUUCUGAGGUUAGGUAUCCAUAUCCCAGGCAAAGGGGAUGUGGGCAUGCCCAAAUAAGGGAAAAGUUGAAUAAGGCUCUGGGUGACCAAAUUGUGGGGAGUGGGAGAUGUAAAAAUAAUAAGCAUUUAAAUAGCCCUUUAAUGUUGGCAAAAUACUUUGCCUUCUUGCACUUGAUCCACACAACAACCCUGCCAGAAAUUCUUAUUACCCUCCUCUUACAAAUGAGGAAACUAAGGAUUUCCCCAGACCCAAGCCAAAGGUCCCAUGGCUUGGAAGUGUCUAAGGUGGGAUUUGAACUCAGGUCUUCUGACAUCAAGUCCAGGGUUCUCUCCACUGUGCCACCUAGCUGCCAAGCUGAAGUCUCUCACCUUGGCUGUCUCCACUGCCACAAGGCUUUGCCUGAUGCCAAUUGGGGAACCAAACUGAGGCCCUGAGGGUGGCUUUGCAGAAGGGCCCCUGCCCUCCCCCUGCAUCUGGUUUUGGAUCCACCAGCUGACCAGCUGCCUCACUUCUUCUAAGAGAAAGGGACAAGAAGGAGGGUGCAAGCUCUGCCAGGGACAGUGACGGCAAGUCCAAGCCUAUGGGGAACCUGGUAUAAAGCUGACAGACCUCUCUUGAUGUCACACAGGCACACUCACAGAGCAUGCCUCCUACAUACAUACUCCCUCACCCUCCUGUUCUCUACCUUCCAGGCUCUGCCUCGGUUUCUUUCCUUGUCUCCAGCAGCUCAGCCUCUUCUGCCAGUUUCUCUGUGGUUCCUCUUGUAAACCCUCAAUCCAUUGGGAGCUCCUGGAGGGCAGAGUCUUGUUUUUCCUUUUGUUCACGCAUUGCCCACACCUAGUAUGGUACUUGGCAUGCAAUGGUAGGUGCUUAAUAAAUGCUUAUGGAAUUAA